GAUUGGACUGCCAUACAGCGUUGGAAAGGAUAAGCCAUAUGAUUAUAAGCAUAUACUUACUUUUACUAGUAACGCAAAUGAAUUCAGGGUAAGUCUUAAUGGUUUCAAUAAAAAAAUUGAUUUUAUGCAUCUUUUAUUUUUCUUCUGCUUGAAAUUUCAGCUUAAGUCUGCUCCUGAUCAUUUAUUGCCAAUUGUGCAACAGCAACUCCAAUAACAACUUCAACAACCUGAACAAUUACUGUAACAACGAGAACAGUGACAAAAACAACUGCCAUAAUGAAAACAUACAGCAUGUCAACACUCUGCGCAGAUACAUAUGCGCGUAUCACAUAUGAAAGAAUCGUAUCAACGACAACGUUAUGAUGUAAUGAUAUGGCGGCCCCUUACUCUAGGUUUAAGGAAAGCAAAUUUUAAAAUAUAAAAUACGAAUAAAAACAGCCGGGAAAGGUUUUGAAACAUAUUAACGUUCUUAUGAAAAAAAGGGAAGAUUUUCUGCAAAUGGAAAAAGAACUGGUCAUUAUUUUGACGAAUUGAACCCACAAGUGCAGAAUUCUUUUUUAUCUUUUAAAUAGAUAAUAAAAAAAUUAUUGAAUUCGUUUUUCGCAAGAUGCGAAAAAUUACCGAGGCCUGGUGCUCAAGCUCAUUUAAUAUAUCUUCGUCUUUUUUAAUGACUUUAGAGCAAAAUUAAUAAUCAAGUUAGUUCUGGUAAUCGUGAUGAGCCAGAAGGCACAUUAGACGCAUUGAUGCAAGUUGCAGCCUGCGAACAGGUUUGUUUCAGUAUAAUAUAUGUGCUUUAUUUGAUUGUGUUGGUACAGCUAUUUUGAAAGAGGAGGCGAAAGUUGGCUUGCAAAUCUUAAACAUUUUGCGGUAACAACUGAUUAACACAUGCAGUGCCAUCAUGUCAAUACCUGUACGUUACUGGUACAUUCUAAAACAUACACUAUAUAUAUAACCACUGUGUCAUCAAUACCUCCUCUCUCCAAUAUUUUCAACUGGAAUAUUCUAUACCUUACGUCAUAAUGUUAUACAAUUUGAUAUAGGAACUUCAAUGGGGAGCGAAAGAAUCGACUCGGCGUAUGGUACUUAUUGCAACAGAUAGUACGUUUCAUAUGGCAGGAGAAGGCAGGGUAAGGUUGAUUGUAUUUCGAAAUAGCAUGUCAGAGUUUUCUUGUUAGAAUAUUCAAUGGCUUUUGCAUAACACUUGGCGUAACAUUUGUGCGAUUCAGUGAUCGGAAUGUUCCAUUGUCAUUUUCAUUGUUUUGAAAAUUUCAUGUGAUGCAAUUGGAUUAUUUUUCGUCUUUACAGCCCCUAAUCUAGGACUGUCACAUGUAACAGCACAGGCCCCGUUCAAAUGUGACCGGACAUAUCCGAACGCACCUAACCUGCGAAUUUCCGUGUGAACAAAUGAAACUGAUCGAAAUUACGCAUGCUUUCGAAUUACUGUAGCCUCAAUGACCUUGAAACGACUUGAAAACUACCCACAUCCCUCGCUCUUAAACCUUCAGCCAGUUGCGUACUAGAGGUAGCUACAGUAUCUGUUUAGCAAAAUGUCAUUCAUGACCGAUUUGAUGAGCAGGUGUGCGGUGGACUUUCGUGCGCUUGUAGUCAUUCGUGGCUGGACAAAGGGAGAGAGUUUAUGAAUCGAAAGUUUCAAACCUUUUUGAAGAAACAUAACAUCCGGUUUUUCACGACGCAAAACGAGACCAAGGCAUCAAUUGUCGAAAGGUUUAAUCGUACGCUCAAGACGAAAAUGUGGAAAAUUAAUACUUUACAGCGAAGAACACGCUCAAGUACGUGGACAUUCUCCAGGAACUGGUAAAAUCUUAUAAUCAUUCGAGACAUCGUAGUAUUGGUAUGAGCCCCGUUGAUGUAAAUAAAGACAACGAGAGCAUUGUGUGGCAAAACCUUUAUGGAGAAGAGUCAGACAAACCCGUUCGGUUUAAGUUUAACAUUGAUCAAGUACGGAUCAGCAAAGCAAGGCGCACAUUUAAGAAAGGAUACUUACCUAGUUGGACCCAACGGAUACUUAUGUUCUUCGACGACCACCCGUGUACAAGAUCGCUGAUUUUGAUGAAAAAUUGGAAGGAACAUUUUACGAACAAGACCUUCAGAAAGUCAACAAAUCAGACAGUGAUUUUUAUAGAGUCGAAGAAAUACUUAGAUCACGCAUGCGUAAUAAAUGUAUAA